CCCGAUUCAUAUUCCGUAGAUAGUACGUCACUAGGUCCCAGCGACCCUGCGAGACAGUGAAUUAGGUCCCACCAGCUGCGAUCUGGGACCAUCGGAAUAUUGAUUUGAGGAUGAGCAAACUGACUAUAGCUGUUGUGUUCAUCGCUAUCUCAAUUAGAAAGGUCAUCGAUCCAUCUCUCCUAUUUAAAAUGACCCGAGACUGCUGUUGUGGUCUAUUCUCAUACCAACAUGCGCUCGCUCACCACGUCAAUGUUCGGAGAACGAUCGCAGAUCGCAGGCCACCCUCGGGGGAUGGCAUUGCGUUCGACAGCGUUGUUCUUCAUCGGCCAGCAGACUGUGCCACCUAGCUUCCCAAGUUUCCCUGGCGUGCAGCAGGUCAAAGAAGCCAGCUUGGCGCUCCCCACCGAAUCUCCAAUGCUAUUGCCUCCCUGGGAUCCAUUGACGACCACUCCCGCACAGGCUCACAUAGCCGACAUCCGCAGCCGCAGCUUGCAUCAACAACCAUUUGCACCCAUGCCUAUUCAAAACAUCAAGUCGCUAGUACCUCCAAGGCUACACAAUGUGAUGGAUUAUCAGGGGACUCAUGUUAUGCCAUUUGGUAAUGUCGGCGCGAACGGCCAGGAAUUAUCUCGUGAUCUCACCGUGCCGGAAGACCAAGUCGAGCAUGGCCGCUUGACCUAGGCGGGCGAUUUCAAUGUCCAGAGGACGUUGAAACAAUGUUUCGCAAUAGGGAAAUGGCACCUUUUGCGUGUGG